AUGGUUUUGUAUAAAGAUGAUGUUGAGGUUUCGAAAAAAUUGAGCUCUACUCAAAAGAUGAACAAGCAGCGGCGAAGCAGCACGGUGGAGUACCCUUGUCUCUCUUCCCUUCUCCCUGAUGAGUUGACUGUACAAAUUCUGUUGAGACUACCCGUGCGGUCUCUACUCCGUUUCAAAUGCGUCUCCAAACUGUGGCUCUCUGAAAUCUCCGAUCCCAAAUUCGCCAAAUCCCAAUUUGACCUAGCUACUUCCCCCACUCACUGUCUCUUUCUUGAUUUCAACGAUCAAUUCGAAAUCGAAUCCUUAGACAUUGACGAACCUGAAUCUGCCAUCGCAGUCGUCAACAUCCCGUUCCGCCUCCCGCUUUCACUGCCCCGUUCUGGUAAGUGUCUUGAGGUUCUGGGUUCUUGCAGAGGGUUUGUACUCUUACUCACUCACCUGGGUUAUUUUUGUGUGUGUAACCCAUCGACUGGUUUCCAAAGACAAAUUCCAUUGGGUACUCUUUGUCCUUUCGAGGGCCGCUAUUCUCUUUACGGUAUUGGGUAUGAUCGAUCAACGGAUGACUACUUGUUAGUUUCUAUAACAUCGAGUUUUCGUGCUCGUAAAAUUAUUGUGUUUUCUUUGAAAACCAAUUUAUCCUUCUUCCUGAGCAUCAAUGAUGAACUUCUGGAUCCUGAAUUUGAUUUUAGUGUGAAGGUUAAAUAUUUGGGUCUCACAUUUGAUUUUAGACAUGGUUUGUUCUUGAAUGGGUCUCUUCAUUGGUUGGCUAAUCGUAGACCUAAUUAUCUGUUUGUAAUUCUUGCUUUUGAUUUGAGUGAGAGGAGUUUAUUGGAGAUUGCUGUGUCAAAUGAGUUAGCUCUGGAAUUGGCCGAUUUCAAAAAAUUAUAUACUUUGAGAGUGAUGAAAGAGUGUCUUGCUCUGUGUUACUCAGAUUUAGGUGGCAUGACUGAGAUAUGGAUAAUGAAAGAGUAUAAAGUGCAAUCCUCUUGGACUAAGAUGAUUUUGUCUGCUGAUGUUCCGAGCAACUCCUUCUUUUUUCCAAUAUGUUUCACCAAAUGUGGUGAUGUUUUUGGAUCAAAUGGGCGUGGAAGGUUAUUGAGACUUAAUGAUAAAGGAAAACUGCUUGAGCAUCGUGCACUUCGGCGAGGGAAGAGGACUCAGAGGAGAGAUUGUGUAAUAUAUAAAUAUCCGCAAUUACACAGACAUUUGUAUACAGAGAGUUUACUAUCACUCCCUGGUUUGUUUGAGGAAGUAAGUGAAGAAGAUGACCGACCAAAACAGUCAUGA